CUUAUAAAAAAAAAAGACAUUUCGAAUAACCAUGUCCCGUGUCGAACUCUUAACGCCAGAAGGUCUCCGCGUUGAUGGUCGUCGACCUGCAGAAUUAAGGAAAAUUACUAGCACGACAGCAGUUCUUUCACAAGCGGAUGGAUCAGCUUAUUUGGAACAUGGAAAUACAAAAGUGUUGGCAGCAGUUUAUGGACCACGAGAGGCUAGACAUCGGACCUUGGUAGUACAUGAUCGCGCCAUUAUUAAUGUAGAAUUCAAUAUUGCACCAUUCAGUACAGGCGAGCGUAGGAGGCGCGGCAAAAAUGACAAGCGGCUUUUAGAGAUGGCUUCGUUCAUUAAGCAAUCAUUUGAACCAGUGGUGAUCACAACACUUUACCCUCGCUCACAGGUUGAUAUCUAUUUGCAAGUGAUUCAACAGGAUGGCGGAGUGCUUCAAGCUUGUAUUAAUGCUGCAACAAUGGCCCUUAUUGAUGCUGGAGUUGCCAUGACAGAUUAUGUAUGUGCAUGCACAGCUGGAUGGGUAGAACGUGAAGCAGCUAUCGAUCUCAAUCAUAUUGAAGAGUCAUCAGAUACUUCAGAAGUAACGAUUGCAAUGCUGCCAAAGAGCGGCAAGGUGACAUUGGCACAGAUGGAAUCACGGUUACAUGUGGAUAAGCUGGAAGCUCUGUUUACGUUGGCAGGUGAAGGUUGCAAACAGAUUCAUCAGGUCCUUGAUAGGACGAUCCGCAAUCGUGCUGAAGAAUUGGCACAAAAGCUGGCCGUAUGAUAUGGACAUGUAGAUAUUUUUUGACAACAAUAAAUAAAAAAAGAAAAAGGACGUAC